CCUCGCCUAGACUUUUAGGCUAAUCGUUCUUCGCAGUGCCUACCACGAUGCUACCAUCACACACUAAGCAUUCACUUCACCGACCAUGAGUCAAUCGCUCUCUACUCCCUCUCCCGAGUCCACAAAUGACCUGAUUGCGAUCACAGCAGGCCCAUAUCGCUUCCUCGCUCGUCUUCUGCAAAAGGAAGCGCCUCAGACGACGGCUCUCUUCCGCUCUCUUCUUCCAUACAAGCAGAAGCUCAUCCACGUGCGGUGGAGUGGGGAAGGCUUGUGGGUGCCUCUAGGAGACACGGACUUCAAAGUACCUUUCGAAAAUCACACUUGCCACCCCAGCCAAGGUGACUUCCUUUUGUAUCCGGGAGGAAUCUCAGAGACUGAGUUCCUCUUGGCGUAUGGUGGGGUCUCCUUCGCCAGCAAGAUGGGUCCACUAGCCGGCAGCCAUUUCAUGAAGAUCGUGGCUGGCACCGAGAACUUGCCUGCUUUGGGCAAGCUAGUUCUGUGGGAGGGAGCUCAAACGGUAGCAUUUGAUUGGGCAACCGAGCAAACCCUGAAGGAGUUCGCGGGUAUCACAAAAGCACACCUAUGAUUACUAAGCUCUCGGACUCAUUCAGACGGCCAUGCCGAUCUUGACUGCCCUCCGAUGUCGUUCCGCAUCUCUCCGGUCCCUGUCAUCAUUUCAUCCCAUACUUGCCCGAGCCACUGUAGGUCGGAGCCAUCGAGCAAUUCUUGUAGCGAUUGUACUGCUGCCGUGUCGGUGUCCACCCCAUGGCUGUGUGACGAGUGGUUGUUGUUCUCUUGUACAGGCGCCGAGGCUGAUUGGGCCAAACUCAUCACGGAAUUGAUGACACUGUGAACCACGAUGCGGAGCUCGUGUGCAGGAUGCGGGCCGGGAGCCAAAGUACAUACUGUAUCGUAUAUCUGGCCAGCCAGAGUAGUCAACUCGCUAAAA